AUGGCGGCUGCUCCAAAUGGAUUUAUAGAUGGGACGGGCGCAGGUGGAUCUAUUAAAAACUGUGGCUCUCAAUUGUUCCCACCGUCUUCGGUCCAGCCAGAGUCCAGAGAUCUACCAGAACUGCCGUCGUUAAUAAUAACAAAGGAAUCUGGUGUGGAUGAAUCCUCGCCUUGUUGCCAAAGAGGAGACUCGGAUUGCACCAUCGCGUCCUCUGGGGACUUAUCCGAACAGAAUCCUGCUAAUCUACCGGCAUCAACCCCACAGCAAUCAGUGACUAACAUUCCAACAAGACUACCGCCCCGUCCUCCAACGCGACCAUCACGGUUCCCAUGGUUUUCAAUACCGCGAAUCAGAAGAUACCUCCAACCAGACGAUGAAAGCAGACCAUCGCGCCGUGCACGCAGAGAAGCAAGACGCAUGAGAGAAGCUAGAUUGAGGGCUUCAAUGCUGGAACGAUCGGGUGAAACUCCUGAUAAGAGGACAUGGCUUCUUGCAAGGAUAAUCGCAUGUGCAGAGCUAGUUGCACUUGGAGUGUUAACGGCUGCUAGUGUAUGGGCUCUCGUGAAUGACUGGGGUUCGAUAUGCGAUACCAAAGUGUAUGCAUUCUUGGCCGUAGACGCUGUGUUUCUGUUUUCGCAGAUGGUGCUGGAUCUUUGUAUUGUGGUUUGUGCGCCGAGGGAGUCGUUGUGGACUUGGGAGAAUCAUAAGAGGGCUGAAGCAGUGUCGGUAGUCUUCCUUAUUAAGAUGGUGUUUAUCUUUACGCAGGCCGUGCUGACCUUGACUGGGAUGGGAUUGGUCAAGACUAUGGAUUCGUCAUGUGAAUCUUCAAUGCCGAUGGUAGCAGAUACAGCAUUCUGGUCAUGCUUUGCACAGUUUUGCUUAUUCAUGUGUGUCGGCCUACCAGCUUGGUGUUUGCCAUGUCUAGGAAUCCUUGUCGAAGUCCCCGACAUUGGAGGUGCAAACCCAGACAUCCUCUUCCGCAUCAAACCAAUAAUCAUGGGCACAAACGCAGAUCCAAAUCACCAAGAUUGUGCCAUAUGCUUGAACAAGAUGGAUGAAGCUACUAAAUUACCCUGUCGACAUGCCUUCCAUCAUGGCUGUAUAGAACAGUGGUGGCUGGAACGAGAUGAUUGUCCGUGCUGUCGUCAAACGUUUAAUAAUCUGAGACGUUGGGGGAAUCGUAACAGUAAUAGUGCUGGAUUGGCGUAG